AUGGCCUGGCCGCGACGGGCCGGACCCGUUUCGGUGCCGUUACCUGCGCCCGUGUCCGCGGCGCUGCUGGGGCUGCUGUGCGCGGCCCGUGCUCUGUCCGUCGCCCCGGAGAGCGCCGAGUUCCCGUGGGCGGCGGUGCGGCUCCCCACGCACGUCGUGCCGCUGCACUACCGGCUCCUCAUCCACCCCAACCUCACCACGCUGACCUUCGCCGGCACCGCCGACAUCCAGGUGCUGGCCACCCGGCAGACGGGCGCCGUCAUCCUGCACGGCAAGCAGCUGAACAUCAGCGAAGCCACCCUGGGGGAGGCGGCGGGGCUGCCGCUGAGGGUGCUGCAGGAGCCCCGCCGGGACCUGGUGGCUCUGCUGCCGCCGCGGCCGCUGCUCCCCGGGCGCCGCUACACGAUCCGCAUCCGGUACGCGGCGAGGCUCUCGCAGUCCUUCCAUGGCUUUUACAAAAGCACCUACCGGACCCCACAGGGAGAGCUCAGGGUGCUGGCUGUGACACAGUUUGAGCCCACAGCUGCCCGGAUGGCCUUCCCCUGCUUCGACGAGCCAGCCUUCAAGGCCACCUUCUCCAUCCAGAUCCGCAGGGACCCCCAGCACCUCGCCCUCUCCAACAUGCCCAUUGUGAAGUCUGUGAAUCUGUCUCCCUGGCUUGUGGAGGACCACUUUGAUGCCACUGUCAGGAUGAGCACCUACCUGGUGGCCUUCAUCAUUUCAGACUUUAAGUCCAUCAGCAGAAUGAGCAGCCAUGGAGUUAAGAUCUCUGUCUACACAGUGCCAGAGAAGAUCAGCCAAGCUGAGUAUGCCCUGGAGGCAGCAGUGAAGCUCCUGGACUUCUAUGAGGACUACUUCAAGAUUCCAUACCCUCUGCCUAAGCAGGAUUUAGCAGCUAUCCCUGAUUUUCAGUCUGGUGCUAUGGAGAACUGGGGGCUGACCACCUACCGGGAGUCAGCCUUGCUGUAUGACCCUGAGAAGUCCUCCUCAGCCUCUAAACUGUGGAUCACCACUGUGAUAGCCCAUGAGCUGGCCCAUCAGUGGUUUGGCAACCUGGUUACCAUGGAGUGGUGGAAUGACCUGUGGCUGAAUGAAGGCUUUGCCAAGUUCAUGGAGUUUGUGUCAGUCAGUGUCACCCACCCAGAGCUCAGAGUUGAAGACUAUUUCCUGAGGAGGUGCUUUGAUGCCAUGGCAGUGGAUGCUUUGAAUUCCUCCCACCCUAUAUCUACUCCUGUGGAAGACCCAGCUGCCAUCCUGGAGAUGUUUGAUGAUGUUUCUUAUGACAAGGGGUCUUGUAUAUUGAGUAUGCUGCAGGACUACCUGACUGCUGAUGUGUUUAAAGCUGGGCUUGUGCACUACCUGCAGAAAUACAGCUACCAGAACACCAGAAAUGAGGACCUGUGGAACAGCCUGGCGAAUGUUUGCCCCACAGUAGGUGCUGAGAAGAUGGAACAAGAAGGGUUUUGCAGAAGAGGCCAACAGCCUUCUUCAAGUGCACAUUGGACUCAAGGAGAGACUCUUGAUAUGAAGGCAAUGAUGGACACUUGGACAGUGCAGAAAGGCUUUCCCCUGGUGACAGUCACAGUGAGAGGGAAAAAUGUCUACCUGCAGCAGGAGCACUACAUGAAGGGAGUGGAGCCUUCCUCAUCCACAAGCAGCUCCCUAUGGCACAUCCCCCUGACCUACAUCACCAGCAAGUCUGACACAGUCCAGAGGUUCCUGAUGACAACCAGAGCAGAUGUCCUCAUCCUGCCAGAAGAGGUGGAGUGGAUCAAGUUCAAUAUGGACAUGAAGGGCUACUACCUCGUGCACUAUGCAGGGGGGGGCUGGGACUCCCUGAUCAGCCUCCUGAGGGACAACCACACCCUGCUGAGCAGCAGUGACAGAGCCAACCUCAUCCACAGCGUGUUCCAGAUGGUCAGCAUCAAGCAGCUGCCCAUCUCCAAAGCUCUGGACCUGACUCUGUACCUGCAGCAGGAGACUGAGAUCCUGCCUGUCCUGCGAGGCCUGCACGAACUGAUCCCCAUCUACAGGCUGAUGGAGACCAGGGGCAUGGAUGGCACCAACAAGCAGCUGCAGGAGCACCUCGUGAGGCUCUUCAGGGAGCUGAUUGACCACCAGUCCUGGAGUGACGAGGGGUCGGCGUCCCAGCGGCUGCUGAGGAGCUCCCUGCUGCUCUUUGCCUGCCUGCACCACUACCAACCCUGCCUGGACAAGGCCUCCAGACACUUCACACAGUGGCAGCAGUCCAAUGGAACCCUCAGCUUGCCAGCAGAUGUGAAGUCAGCUGUGUACGCUGUGGGAGCUCAGACAGCAGAGGGUUGGGAGUUCCUCCUCAGCAGGUACCAGCUGCCUGCCUUCAGCACAGAGAGGCAGGACAUGGAGCUGGCCCUCAGCUGCAGCAGGAGCCAGGAGAGGCUUCAGUGGUGA